AUGAAAGCAGCCAAGAAGAGAUUGACAGUGAAGUUCAAUUUUAAAACAAGGCAAGUAAUAUGUGACAAUGCCUCAGCUUUCAUGUACGAGUGUGGCUACAUUUUGCAUAACAAUUGUAGCAUGCAAUACAAAGAGUGGAGACAUGUACCAGAAGAAGCUCCGUUGCCGUUAUGCCAUAGGCUAACUAUACUUUUUGAAAUUGAUGUGGAGGAUGCGAAUGUUUGCAAAGUUAUCGACAGCCACGUGGCAAGGGCUUGGAGAACCUACAGAUCUCAGUUGCAUGAUUACUUUAAAGGGAUUGGAGGACCAGUAGAUCCAACAAAGGCAAAGACUACACCCCCUCCAAAUAUGGGUAGCAAAGAUGAUUGGGAGUAUCUUUGUGAUAUGUGGUGUGAGCCAAAAUACAUGGAGACUGCAGAAAAGAGGGUUAUGGCUCGUGGAAAGCGUAAAAUGAAUAGUAGAAAUUUGUUCAAAAAGUACAAUAAGCUAUCACAUCGAACGUGGACUUGA